AAACUUUAAAAAUUGUUUUGAGGUUACGGCUAGCGUUGCUGUUCGUUGUUUGUAUAACAAUAAUAUAUAAAAAAAUAUUAAUGUUAAUUAAAUAAAAUAAUUAAUUUCAAAAUCAACAAAUUAAUUAAAUUACAACAACAAAUUAUUUUUUGUAAUUUUAUUAUUUAAAAAUAAAAAUGUCAUCUGGUGGAAUGUUGUACGGUGGAGAUGAAAUCGGAGCACUGGUAUUUGAUCUCGGACAUCAUUCAUUGCGGGUUGGAUAUGCACAGGAGGAUACUCCGAAAGCCGAAAUACCAGCAGUUGUUGGUAUUGGAGAGGAAAAUUGUAACAAUUCCAUGACUACAACAAACACAUCCACCGGAAGUAAUAAAGUUGAGCCGAUGGAUAUUGAUGAUAAAAAACAAGAUAAUAAUAUAACGCAGUCGAAGCCAAAAUAUUAUAUCGAUACGACAAUUCUACAUGUACCUCGUCCAGGAAUGGAAGUUGUCAGUUACAUGAAGGAGGGUAUGAUUGAAGACUGGGACCACUUUGAAAAAGUAUUAGAUUAUACUUAUUCUAAAAUAAUUCAAUCAGACGCUGAAUAUCACCCGGUGUUAUUUUCCGAAGCGCCCUGGAAUAUACGCAGCAAGCGUGAAAAAUUAACAGAGAUAAUGUUUGAGAAAUAUAACGUACCUGCGUAUUUUCUUGUCAAAAAUGCUGUACUUGCGGCGUUUGCUAAUGGACGUGCUACUGGUAUUGUUGUUGAUAGUGGAGCUACACACACAUCAGCAGUACCAGUACAAGACGGUUUUGUAUUAACGCAGGCUAUUGUUAAAUCACCUCUAGGAGGUGAUUAUAUUACGAUGCAGUGCCGGCAAUUAUUACAAGACAGUGACAUUGACUUAUCACCGGCUUAUAUGAUAGGCAGUAAAGAAGUCGUUAAGGAUCAUGAAAAACCACGUUGGGUUAAGAAAAAAGGUCUGCCUGAUGUCACUAAAUCGUGGCAGAAUUAUAUGGUAAAAAAAUUAGUUCAAGAUUUUCAGGCGAGUACACUUCAAAUUUCUGAAACUCCGUAUGAUGAAAAAAUAGUAUCGACAAUUCCUGCUGUUCAGUACGAAUUUCCUACUGGUUACCAUCAGGACUUUUCGUCAGAACGUUUCAGAAUACCUGAAGCACUUUUUGAUCCAAGUAUGGUACAAAUGCGUGGUGGUAUGGUGGGCAAUACAAUGCUCGGCGUUGGUCAUAUUGUAACGACAAGUGUUGGAAUGUGUGACGUUGAUGUUAGACCAGCACUCUACGGUAGUGUUGUAGUUACUGGCGGUAAUUCAUUUAUACAAGGAUUCCCAGAACGUCUUAAUAGAGAUUUAUCAAUGCGGAUACCCUCGAGUAUGAGAUUAAAGUUAAUUAGCGCUAAUGGAUGCGCUGAGAGAAGAUUUGGAGCGUGGAUUGGCGGAUCAAUCCUUGCGUCAAUUGGUACCUUCCAACAGAUGUGGAUUUCCAGUCAAGAAUAUGAAGAAAGUGGAAAAAGUCAAGUCGAGAGAAAGUGUCCGUAAUAAUGUUUAGUAUUUAAAUUAUUAAUUGAUACUCUUCUAUGCAUAUAAAUAUAUAUAUAAAUUUUUUUUUUUUUUU